AUGGACGAAGCUUACGAGUUCUUGUCGAAGGCUGGUGUUGCUGCCACAAGCGCAUCGAAAAGCAUCAAAUGGGAACAGCUGAAGGGAAGAAUUGAUUGGCAUCUUGUACCUUUAAUGCUCUGCGUGUACACUCUCACCUUCCUCGACAAAGUCAUAUACAAUGUCAGGCGAAUGGUUGUAUAUGCCGCUGUCAUGGGUUUGGCGGCUGACACGCAUUUGACUGGCAACGACUUCUCGAAUGGCACCACCUAUAUGUUCCUUGCUCAGCUGAUUGCGCAAGCACCUAAUGGUUUCAUUCUCAACAAGUUCCCUGCUGGAAAAUGGCUGGGCUUCAAUGUGGCCGGAUGGGGCGUUGCUGUAGCCUGCAUGGCGUCCGCGCACAGCUACAGCGGAGUUGUGACUUCUCGGGUAUUCCUAGGUAUUUUUGAGGCAGCUGUCGCCCCAUCCCUCGUAAUAAUCAUCAGUCAAUGGUACACGAAGCCCGAGCAGACGUCACGGAAUGCAGUGUGGUACCUUGGCCUGGGAUGCGGACAGAUUAUUGGUGGGCUCUUGUCUUACGCUUUCCAGCAUGUACACCACGCUGCCAUCGAUGGUUGGCGCAUCAUGUUCGUCAUGAUCGGUUGUAUCAGCGUGGUAACUGGCGUCACGGUAGCUGCUUUCAUCCCUGACAGUCCUAUGACAGCUCGAUUCCUGUCCACGGAAGAGAAGGCUGCAGUAUUGCAGCAUGUCGCGGUCAACAAGACGGGCGUCGUGAAUCGCAAGUUCAGUCUCCAUCAGAUCGGAGAGCUGCUGCUAGACCCGCAGCUCUGGCUCCUCGCUCUCAUCACAAUCUGCCUUUGCGAAACUAGCGGCGUGAUCUCCACCUACAGUGCGACAUUGCUCAGAAACGAGCAUUUUUCGACGCAGCUAUCCGCCCUACUGAACGUUCCAAGUGGUGCAGUCUCGAUUCUUGCCGCGCUGCUCGGUGGCUUCGCCGUUCAGUACAGCUCCCAUCGUUGGCUAUGGAUUGUCCUUUUAACCUGUCCGGCAAUUAUCGGAGCUGCUGUGAUGUCCUUUGUGCAUAGCAAAGCUGGUAUACUUUCUGGCAUUUAUCUCGUUAAUACUGAUACUGCCACCCUUCCACUAAUAUACGCGUGGGCUGCGGCAAAUGUUGCUGGCGCGACGAAGCGGCCAGUCACCCUGUCCUUCCUUUCUGGUUGCUUCGCUGUUGCGAACAUGAUCGGACCGCAGACUUUCCGCGCAAAGGACGCUCCUCACUAUCGACCAGCAAAGAUCACCGUCCUUGCGACCUUAGCUGGGGGCGCCUUGUUAGCUUGUUGCCUUUUCGUGUACUAUUACCUUGUGAAUGGCAUGCGAGAAAAGAAGCACCCCGUUGAUCGAUCCGAAACGGAAUUAUCGGAGAAGGACAAGUGGACCGGGGCUACAGACAAAAGUGAUCUGUCCUUCAGAUACGUCUACUAA